GGAAUUUUUUGCCUGUCAGUGUAUAUCUAAUUCUCCUUGGAGAACCAUUACAGUAAUCUCGUUAUCUGCAAACUGUUGGGACUCUUUUUAUCUUCGACCACAGCUUAUCUUCAUUCUUGCGCAAUAUCUUCAGUUGUCGGGAUGCUCCCGAGCACGUUGGCCGUCUUCUGGGCCAUCGUCUUCAUCGCAGUUUCAGUUAACGCUAAGGUGAUGAGGAUCGAGGAUGUUCACAAGAACCAGCCGGGAAUGGAUCCCGAACCCUCCAUGAUUCAGGUCCCCAAGGUGGUCAAGCCCGUGGUCUGUCCCAAAGGGUACAGGAAGGUAACCAUCGCUGGAAGGUCCACCUGCAAAGCCGUAUUUAAUUGAGGAGUUAGAGUUGGAUCGACUUCCUAAAGAACCGUGUCCACCAGGUCAAAGAAGAUCAAGACUACUUUGUAGGGAUUAUUAUGUUUAAGCCAAAACAUCAUGGAAGUGAAACAUCAUACAAUUUCAUAAUAUAAUCCUGUAUAUACAGAAAUAUUUAAGUAAUAAAUAAUUUACUGAUUCAUUGGAAGAUUUUUUUUUUUUUGUACAAUUUAGUAUACUAUAUUUUAUAAAUAUAAAGCUUGUCUCCUGUAUUUUAUGUUAUAUGUUUAAAACACUAAGGAUUAGUUAAUUGCAUAAGAUGUAAUAAUUAAUGUGAUUAAACUUUACGUUUUUUUUCUUUUCUUUGAAA